AUGCUUCAGUGCAAGAAACUCUGCCGGCAGCAUCACCUGUGGAUCCUCGGCUGCUACACCUUGCUGGCCAUUGUGGCUCUGAGACUGUCUCUGAGAUUGAAAUGUGACUUUGACCACUUGGAUUUACAGUCCAGGGAAUUUCAAAGCCAAUGCUGUAGGAAUCUCUUGUACGAGUCCCUGAAGUUGCCGGCAAAGAGGUCUGUCAACUGUUCGGGGGUCACCCGAGGAGACCAGGAAGCCGUGAUUCAGGCUCUUCUAAAUAACCUGGAGGUCAAGGAGAAGCGGCAGCCCUUCACAGAUGCCGACUACCUUCACAUGACCAGAGACUGUGAGCGCUUUAAGGCCCAGAGGAAGUUCAUCCAGUUCCCACUGAGCAAAGAAGAGCUAGACUUCCCUAUUGCAUAUUCUAUGGUGGUUCACGAGAAGAUUGAAAACUUUGAGAGGCUGCUGCGAGCUGUGUACGCCCCUCAGAACAUAUACUGCAUCCACGUGGACAGAAAGUCCCCAGAAACUUUCCAAGAGGCAGUCAAGGCCAUUAUAUCAUGCUUCCCAAAUGUCUUCUUAGCCAGUAAGCUGGUGAAGGUGGUUUAUGCCUCCUGGUCCAGGGUGCAGGCUGACCUGAACUGCAUGGAAGACUUGCUUCAGAGCUCAGUGCCCUGGAAGUACUUCCUGAACACAUGUGGGACAGACUUUCCUAUAAAGACCAAUGGCGAGAUGGUCCAGGCCCUCAAGGUAUUGAAUGGGAAGAACAGCAUGGAGUCAGAGAUACCCAGUAGGCUCAAAAAGAACCGCUGGAAAUAUCAAUACGUGGUGACAGACACAUUGCACAUGACCGGCAGGAGGAAGGACCCUCCUCCUAAUAACUUAACCAUGUUCACAGGGAAUGCCUACAUGGUGGCUUCUCGAGACUUCAUCCAGCAAGUCUUACAGAACCCCAAAUCCCAACAACUGAUUGAAUGGGUAAAAGACACCUAUAGCCCCGAUGAACACCUCUGGGCCACCCUUCAGCGUGCACCCUGGAUGCCUGGCUCUGUACCCUACCACCCUAAGUACGAUGUCUCAGACAUGACCGCCAUCGCAAGGCUGGUCAAGUGGGAGGAACACGAGGGAGACGUCAAUGAUGGUGCUUCCUAUGCACCUUGCUCUGGAAUCCACCAGCGGUCUAUCUGUAUCUACGGGGCUGGGGAUCUGUGCUGGAUGCUUCAGAACCAUCACCUGUUGGCCAACAAGUUUGACCCCAAUGUGGACGAUAAUGCUCUUCAGUGCCUAGAAGAGUACCUACGUCACAAGGCCAUCUACGGGACAGAACUCUGAGAUGCACUCUGACAGGAAUAUGUGCAGACAUCGCAGACAUGCCCAGAACUUGCUGAGGCUAUGGAGGGGGUAGAAUGAGGUGGGGAGACCAGGGCUUUGAAAUCCAGGGCAUCCCCCAGGAUAAGAGGGCUGCUUUUGGGUAAGUGGAUCCAUGGCCUUGAAAACUGUUGCUUGCCUCCUCGGCCCUCUCCCCAGAAAUUUUUCUACUGACUUUCUUCCAGAGUGAGAAUAAGAACCACUGUUAGAGUAAGGAAAGGGGUGUGGCGGGGGACCCUGGAUUUCAGGUUAAGGCCUGGAGUCAGCCUUUCUACUCUGGAGAUGCUCUUUGAGUAAUCUAGGCUUGGCAGUACAGAGGGGGACUUUGAUGCCAA